CGAGAAAAUAGAAUACCCGUCCCAUCUUUCCCCACCUUACUAUAUAUAUCUUAUAAAUAUGGCUUGCUCGAAAUUAAAUUCGCGCUGUACAUACCGGCGCAUGUGCAAUGGCACCUGCUGGCUCCAACAGAGAGGGUGCGGAUCGCCCAAAAUAUUCAAAUACAAUAUGUGGUAUCUUGUAAGCAAGAGUAUGAAACAGAAGACGUUACAAAGACAGUCGUUGCUCGCCACGCGGAGAUAAACAAAUUCUAUUCGUCAUUCAUGAUUCGAUUUUAGUCACGAGAUAUAAUAGAUAUAUAACAUACAAGGUGUAGUAUGUAAGGAUCUAGAUGUUGGUGAUCAUUAUUCCAAUUCCAAGAACAACUGUUUGACGAAGAGGGUUUGUAUGAAUAUAUACGCCAGCGACCCAGAAAGAUGAUGACUAUGUGAUACCGCGUACAGUUCUUCGCGGAGUUUGAUUCUAAGGGCGUUGUUCAACAUACGUAAACAUCACGAGUGCUGAUUCACUCUUCAGCCAUUAUAUGUAUAUAUGUCUACAAUGUCCACAUGAAUCAACAAGAAUCUUAAUAUUGGUUUUGGAUACGUUAACUGUGUUUGCUCGCGUUAUGUGAACAUUUAGUUUGGGAAUGGUGUGGCAUAACAGUGUUCUUAUACAGCAGUCUUUGUUGCCGUUUAACAUUUACAAUGAAUAGCUAUAUUGGGGUUUUACUUUUCGGUUUACUGAAAGCUACGCUUGCAGACGAUUGCCAUUGGUGUGGAUCGCGCUGCUGCGAUGAAGACUUCAAAACAUGUUACGAUUGCGACGAUCUCGAAAGUGGACUGAGUGUUGGUGCAAUAGCAGGAAUUGUCGUAGCAUGUGUGGUUGUGUUGAUCGUCGUGGUGGCAGCAUGUACUAGUUUGUGUCGGUAUUAUGGAUCUAGUGUUAAUGGGAAACCCGUACAACCAGAAGCCACGAAUAAUAUUUCAAAUGUUGCGUAUACAUCAAACUCCGGCAGCUACCCAACUGCACCACCCGAAUACACAGAAAGCAGUGAUAUGCCACCGCUUUAUUCAACCGGCAAUCAUGGGCAAAAUUCGUGCGAUCCUCCACCGUACAACCAGUUUGACAUGGACACCACUUACCCUCAGCCUGUUGCUGACAGUCAACUGCCUCAAUAAACCUCUUUACGUUUAAAUGUAGUGGGAUGGGGAAAGAUGGGACACGGUUUUAUUCUGUUUACUCGUCCCAUUUGUUAGUAAUCACAGAACAUUCAAAGAAUUAUAAAACGUUUCCUCACGACUUUCAUAAGACCGUUGUUAAUUGUUUAAAACACGAUCAUAGUAUUUGGAUAAUAUGUGAUAAAAAUGUCUCGUCUCCUCCUUCCCCCUACUACAUAUAUGUAUAUAGAAUACCAUCUUAUAUAAUUCCUAUGCACCUUUUUUGUAAAAUACAAUUAACAAAAUCAGAAUUCCGGUACGAUUUUCUUGUAAAGUUAAUUUGCGGGGGGGAAAGUAUACAUACGUCGAUACCAAAGCUACUAUAACGCUAAUUCACCUCUCUGAUUUACGUAAAGACUAUGAAUAAAGUGGUAUAUACCUAUAUGGCAAAUCACAGUCACAAACACGAUUUUUAUGAAGCUACCAUUGAGUAGAGUAGGGAAGAUAUAGGAGAUUUUUGGCACAUGCUAUUUAAAUAUCCUGAUCGUGUUUUAAACAAUUAAAACAACAGUCUAUAUGGUGGUAUAGUGA